AUGGCGUCCCUAGUAGGAUUAACAUGUUGCAUGUGUUAUAUUGGCUUCAUAAUCUGUCUGUGUCUCCCAGCGUUGUUUCUUUGGCCAUCGCUGGAACCCAUGGAACCCAAAUGUUAUGUCAUGAUCUUCAACGUUCCUGCUCUGAACGAAACCUUGAAGACCUCUUCCAACCCCACCAUCGUCUCCACGGUGGAGUUUGAUAACGGCUACGAGAUGAAUGAGCUUAAGCGGGCUUCCGUCGAGAUUGAUGGCAGUGGACUUAACCGGACGGCAAAAAAAGUGGACGGGAAAACACAUUUCCGGGUGGAUUUCAUGACGUCGGUGAAGUACAAGAACUCCGGGCCGUACACAAAACGACAGAGCUUAUGGGGAGGAGCAAAUGUCCCUGUCGAUGAUUCCGGAAACAAAGCAGGGAAGAAACAUAUCAUACUCUGGCACACGGUCCCCGUGAUCGUGUCCGGCGCACCACUGCUCGCCGGAUGCUCUACUAUGAUGAUUCUGGGUCCUUUCGUAUAUGUCUUGUUUCUCUCUCUAGCCAUAUUUCUCUCCUUCUCUUAG